ACACGUUCCACACGCUGGACACUUGUUGUAGUCGCUGUCACGCUCUUGCCUCGCUCCUUCCCGGCUACAUUACAUAACGGAUCGGAGUGUGAUGAUCCAUCGAUGGAGCUGUGAGCUGAGCUGAGCUUACCACCACCACACACGGGAGAUAGCUAUAGCUAGCAUAGCCAGUCAGCGACUUAGCAGCAGCUAGCUAGCCAUGCUGCCGUCCUUCGUGUCGCCGACGGCGAGCGCCGCGGCCUCGGUGACGCCUCCGCCGCGGCCGAUACCAGGCAGCUACGGGCCACCGGUGCUGGGCCCGCUACGGGACCGGCUCGACUACUUCUGGUUCCAGAGCCAGGACGAGUUCUUCCGGAAGCGCGCGGCGGCACACCGCAGCACCGUGUUCCGCACCAACAUCCCGCCCACCUUCCCCUUCUUCGUGGGCGUGGACCCGCGCGUGGUCGCCAUCGUGGACGCCGCCGCCUUCACCGCGCUCUUCGACCCGGACCUCGUGGACAAGCGCGACAUCCUCAUCGGGCCCUACAACCCGGGCGCCGGCUUCACCGGCGGGACGCGCGUCGGCGUGUACCUCGACACGCAGGAGGAGGAGCACGCGCGCGUCAAGACCUUCGCCAUGGACCUCCUCCACCGCUCCGCCCGCACCUGGUCCGCCGACUUCCGCGCGAGCGUCGGCGCCAUGCUGGACGCCGUGGACGCGGAGUUCGGCAAGGACGACGGCAGCGACAAGAAGCCCUCCGCCAGCUACCUCGUCCCCCUGCAGCAGUGCAUCUUCCGGUUCCUCUGCAAGGCGUUCGUGGGCGCCGACCCGUCCGCCGACUGGCUGGUGGACAACUUCGGCUUCACCAUCCUGGACAUCUGGCUGGCGCUGCAGAUCCUGCCCACGCAGAAGAUCGGCCUCGUCCAGCCGCUGGAGGAGCUGCUCAUCCACUCGUUCCCGCUGCCCUCCUUCCUCAUCUGGCCGGGCUACUACGUGCUGUACCGCUUCAUCGAGAAGCACGGCGCCGAGGCCGUGGCCUACGCCGAGGCGCAGCACGGCAUCGGCAAGAAGGACGCCAUCAACAACAUGCUGUUCGUGCUCGGCUUCAACGCCUUCGGCGGCUUCUCCGUGUUCCUGCCCUUCCUCGUGGCCAAGGUCGGCGGCGCCCCGGCGCUGCGCGAGCGGCUGCGGGACGAGGUGCGGCGCGCCAUGGUGGGCAAAGACGGCGAGUUCGGGUUCGCCACCGUCCGCGAGGACAUGCCGCUGGUGCGGUCGACGGUGUACGAGAUGCUGCGGAUGCAGCCGCCCGUGCCGCUGCAGUUCGGGCGCGCGCGCAGGGACUUCGUGCUGCGCUCCCACGGCGGCGCCGCGUACCAGGUGUCCGCGGGCGAGGUGCUGUGCGGGUACCAGCCGCUGGCGAUGCGGGACCCCGAGGUGUUCGAGCGGCCCGAGGAGUUCGUGCCGGAACGCUUCCUCGGCGACGAGGGCGCCAGGCUGCUGCAGCACCUCUUCUGGUCCAACGGGCCGGAGACGGCGCAGCCCGGGCCCGGGAACAAGCAGUGCGCCGCCAAGGAGGUGGUGGUGGACACGGCGUGCAUGCUGCUGGCCGAGCUGUUCCGGCGCUACGACGACUUCGAGGUGGAGGGCACCUCCUUCACCAAGCUCGUCAAGCGCCAGGCGUCGCCGAGCGUGGCGCAGGCAGCAGCAGCCGCCGGAGCGCAGCAGUGAGUGCGCUGUAUAGGAUCCAUCGGUGGCGUGCGACGUCGCCGGCGCCGGCGCCGGCCAAGCAAUAAAGUAAUGAGUAGGCCCUCCUCGUCAUCCACAUGCUCGUCUGUGUUCGACUUCGAUCGGUGUCUCUUCCUCCCGGCCGGCCGCUGGCCGCCAAACAGCCGUUGUGGUAAUAAAAAAAUCAUUUGUGG